CACCCCCCAAAGAAGUGAGCAAAAUCGCCUCCCUGGGUACAGUUCAAAGCAGACCGGGAAAGGCCAAGUCGGAUCCUAGGGGUGUUGCCGAGUAGGGCCGGAAGGAGGGCACUGGGCGGCUGGGGGUCUCGAAGUCACCUGGGGAUGGGGGGACAGGGCCCAGUUCCAGGCGUGCACGGUGGUGAGGGAGGCCUGGACGCACAGUCCUUUGCCCUGGGAGAGGGCGAGUUUCGGGGCUCGUCAAGCGCAGCCCAACCGGGGGGCCAAAGGCGCUGGACCUGCGGGCCCCUCGGAGGCAGAACCCAAGGCGGAGAGGGUAGUGGGUGUCACCGCCCGGCGAUGGGCACCGCCGAGCCGCGCCCGCACACCAGCCGCCGGGGGGUCAGGCCCCCGCCCAGGUCUGGCCAGCGCCGCGGGGCGGGGCUUCGGGCACUAUAAGCACCGCCGGGGCCCAGUCCGGGAAAGGCCAGGGACGCGGAGAUGGCUGCCCCUCCAGACGCCGCGAUCCUGAAGUCCGUGCAGACGUACUACGGGGACGUGCUGAAGAAGUCAGCGGAUCUCCAGACCAACGCGUGUGUCACCCCGGCCCGGCCGGUGCCCAAGCACGUCCGGGAAGCGCUGCAGAACGUGCACGAGGAAGUAGCCUUGCGGUAUUAUGGCUGUGGUCUGGUUCUGCCGGAGCGUUUGGAAAGCUGCUGGGUUCUGGACCUGGGUAGUGGCAGUGGCAGAGAUUGCUAUGCCCUCAGCCAGCUGGUUGGUGAGAAAGGACAUGUCACUGGAAUCGAUAUGACUGAAGGUCAGGUAGAAGUGGCUAAGAAGUAUGUUGACUACCACAUGGAAAAAUACGGCUUCCGGACUCCCAACGUGACUUUUGUUCUUGGCUAUAUAGAGAAGUUGGCGGAGGCUGGAAUCAACGCUGACAGUUACGAUAUCGUGGUAUCAAAUUGUGUUGUUAACCUUUCGCCUGAUAAGGAACAAGUGCUGCGAGAGGCAUGUCGAGUGCUCAAGUCCGGCGGGGAGCUCUAUUUCAGUGAUGUCUACGCCAGUGUGGACUUGCCGGAGAACAUCAGGACCCACAAAGUGCUAUGGGGAGAGUGCUUGGGUGGUGCUUUGUACUGGAAGGACCUUGCCAUACUUGCCCAAAAAGUUGGAUUCUGCCCUCCGCGUUUGGUUACUGCCAGUAUAAUUACAAUUCAAAAUAAGGAACUGGAAAGCAUAGUUGGUGACUGUCGUUUUGUCUCUGCAACAUAUCGUCUCUUCAAACUGCCUAAGACAGAAGCAAUGCAAAGAUGCCAGGUUAUUUACAAUGGUGGAAUCAAGGGGCAUGAAAAGGAACUAAUCUUUGAUGCAAAUUUCACAUUUAAGGCAGGGGAGGUGGUGGAGGUGGACGGACACACUGCAACCAUCUUGAAGAACUCGAGAUUCGCCCCAGAGUUCCAGUUCAGCCCGACGGGGGCGAAGCCAGCAGCGUGUGGAGGCAGCUGUGGUCCGCAGUCUGAGGAUUUAAUCGCAGACCCGUUCAAGCUGGCAGAAGAAUCUGAGAAAUCAAAGCCUAGAUGUUCUGCCAGUGGGGCCCGAGGUUGCUGUGCUUCCAAGACAAGCUGCUAAAGCUACAGGUUAUCAGAAGACAGUGAAGCUGCGCACACCAACAGAACGACAAUAAUCACUGAUGACUCAGCUCCAUAUCGCUGUAACCUCUGCAGAGAUAAAUAUAAUUAAUUAAAGAUAAAUUGAAAUAAGUGCUGUCCAUUGGUU